UAUGUGGUUUAUGAUUUUAAGUUUUUAACAAGAUAGCUAUUUUUGAUCCAAAAAAAGUUAGCUAUUUAUGGGGAGAAAUAGCUAACAAAAUGAGAUUACUACCCAAUAUGGAAAAUAUUUCCAUUAUUAUAUCAAAGUUGUCUGAAUCGAAAUAUGGGCUAUUUUGUCACGUCGGUGGAUAUAAGUCGAGUCUGGCACGUACUGCUUCGUGCCCGUCCAACUAUAUGGAAACAGGAAACGUGGAAACUAAAGAGACAGUUAAACAAUACUAAUUCCAAUUUAGUGUAUUUAUUCUUUGACAAUUUUUAUAGACGUUGACUUGUAAGAAGGCAUGCCCUGAAUAAUUGGAUACAUUCUCGGCAUGGACAGUGUUGAUUAUACAGGAUAAAGUAAAUAACUAUAUUGUUUAAUACUAUUUCUGCCAUAACCGCUCUGAAUAUCCGAAUGCAUGGACCUACAGAUAUGUUAGGCACAAAAACCCUUUAAUUUUAAACAAGAAAACAUAAAACUUCGAGAGAACUAUUCAAAGAAAUUAAAGAAGACAAGCCACUGAAAAUAGAAUUCAAGAAGAAUGAUGAUAUUAGUCGGCUUUUAGCAUCGUCGAUUACGAGAUAUAUUCUGCGAAUGAUUGUGUGCCGUCUUGGACUUGCAUAAAAAUAAAUUCACUAUAAACCACAUAAUUUGUUAAAUCUUUUAUUUUGAGUUUUUUUCAUGUCAGCGUUAUUUAUAGCGUUUUUAGACCAUCUCCAAUGGCUUACUCUAUUUUUUACUCUAAAAUAGAGUAACUCUAUAAUAGAGUUUGAAUUUGCUCCAAUGGUACUCUAUUUUAGAGUAAAAAAUAGAGUAAUGAAUAAAAAAAAACAAAUUACUCUAUAUUUGGAGUAAACAUAUUUUUCACUCUAUUAUAGAGUGAGAAAUAGAGUACCAUUGGAGCAUUUCUUACUCUAAACUCUAUUUUAGAGUGAAAAAUAGAGUGUGGUUGGAGAUGCUCUUACAUUACAUAAUCAAAUUAUGUAUUUAAUUAUAAUGUUGAGUUAACAAUUCUAAGGCUAAAUAAUAUAUAUGAAUUUGAAUUCAAUCAUUAAAUCAUUUAUAGUUUGGGUAUCUCUAACCCACUCUAUUUUUCUCACUAAAAUAAAAUUUAGAACAAAAAUGCUCUAAUGAUAUUCUAUUUUUCACUCUAUAAUAGAGUAAAAAUGAGUUUAUAUAUAUAUAUAUAUAGAGUAAAUUGUUUAUUUUUGUUUAUCGAUCUAUUUUUUAAUUUUAAAAUAGAGUACCAUUGGAAUCUAACUAAAUUCUAUUUAGAGUUAUUAUAUUUUAGAGCGAAAAAUAAAGUGAACCAUUAGAGAUUGUCUUAGACCAAUCAUCAAAAUUCAGAUAUAUUCUUAUCAAUUAAUCAACAUUUGGCCAGGCAAAAAAAUGAAUAUAUUCGUAGACACAAUUUUAACAAACUUGCACAAAGGAUUAACAAGGAUUUAUCAAUGAUUUUAUAAGCCUUUACGAUUCCUACCAUACUCCUUAUCAAUUUUAAUAAAAAUGAUUUAUAAUCUUUUAUAAAUCUUUAUAAGCAUUAUACUUUAUUUUAUAACUCUUAUAAAUAGUUUAUAAGUCUAUUAAAAUAUUUCUAAGAUCAUAUAAACGAUUAAAAAGUUUUAGAAAAUAAUAUUAUAAAUUUUAAACUUAUUCUUUAGUUUUGGACUAUUACAACUGAUUUUGUUUUAUAUUUUUAUAAGCGAUUAAUAAGGCUCUAGAAAUGAUUUUAUAUGCCUAUAUAUUCUCAUAUAUUAUUUAUGAAAUUUUAUAGCCAAAUUUACAAGAUUUUAUAAACAAUCUUAAAUUUUUUUUUAUCAUUUUUAAUGAUUUAAAACUUUUAUCAAACUUUACAAAUUUUAAUAAAUGAUUUUACAUGGUUUAGUAUAUAAUCUUUCAACUAACUUUUUAACUAUUUUCAUUUAAAAUAGAUGAAACUAUAGACAGAAGGUGAUUUAUGUUAACAGUUUAUAAGCUGAGAGUUUAAAACGUCAAAAGUAUUAAUUGAGUGAUUUUAUCCUGAUUCAAAAUAAUUAAAGGGUUUAUCACUAAACACCAUAUAUAAGAAUUGUAGUUUCAAAAUUGCACAUUCAUUCCUCCCAUUAUAAAACGUAGGUUGCUACUUGUCCUAUUUUUAAGUUGUUCUAUAUAUAGUUAGAAAAUAAAACCUUGAAAAUAUAUGAUUCAUAUAUUUAAAAAAGUCAUGCUACGAGCCUAAGGUAUCAAUAAGUUAAAUUGAUAAUGAUACUUGCAAUAUUUACAAAAAAUCAGUAUAUGUUGUAUGACUAGAUUGCAACCAUGUAGUUGCACACGCUCAUCACGUGUAAUUUUGUGUUCUUCGCAAUUCAAUAAAAUAUAAACCCGUUCAUGUCACAAUUAGCAGUACGUAUUUGCUUAACUAAUAGUACAGGAUGAAAGUAAACGUUUCUGAGAGAAUUGACUAAAGAGACGCAUGGGGUUGACUUCGACCGCUUAACAAACCGCAUGAAAAUUGCAGUUUACUUCAGGAUUCCCCGCUUUGGUCAAUGGAUGUGAUUCGGGUUGCAUAUUAUUAAAAACUUAAACUAUUUAAAUUGCAUCAAAAUAUGAUUCAGUUUUUGGAUUGUUUAUUUAUGUUCAGAAGUAUCAGCUGCUGAUAUACCCAACUUUUUUUGUUUAAAUGCAACGGAAUAGUUGCGAGUAUUAUUUGUUUGAAGAACAAUCUUCCGAGCGUAUGUAAACUAGACAUAAUUGUUUACAAUUAAACCUCAUAUAAUUAGAUAUACAAAAAAUCAAGCUAUAUUGAAAAUAAAAAAAACACGGCAACAAGAAAAGAAAAAUAAAAGAAUUCACAGAAUUAAUAUUUUCCCAUGCAAAUAUAUAUUUUGUUAUUUACAGCAGGUGACUAAGAUAUAUAAUUCACUUCUUUUUUUUUUUGAAAUCAGAACGAAUCGUGUUGCCUUGCUAAGCCUAUAUAUGUAAAAUAUAUACUAUUAAAUAUUAAUUUGAAAAAUCGCGUCAGAAUUCAUAUAUGAAUGUCUACAUUUUAAUUAAUUAUCUAAUAAAAAUAGCGAAAGCUCCAGCUGUUUAUUUAAAUCUUGUAGAAUAUGGUAUAGUCUUGAACAGAUAAAUAAGCUCCAAAAACGUAUUCGGGAAAAUGCUGUGUCCUGAGUUUAUCCAUGUACGUAGCUAGGCAACAUAGAUAUCUAACUCUUAAAGUAACUGGGUUUACAUGUUGCCGGUGAACCGGCUCCCAAAAAUUAUCAAACCCUUGAAUUUGAAUACACCUGGAUUAUAAAAAAAGAAAAGAAUAUAUACUCGCAAAAGUAUUUGAAAAAAAUAUUAUAUCUCAAUUUCUUUUGAUAAGGUUGCCUUUUUGGAAUAUUGAUUCAUUUGUUUUCCCACUACACAUAGCAAUUAAUUUUUGCCAUCAGUGAAAAUAAGUGGCAUGCAAACAUCGGCUCAUUCCAUAAGUCCAAUCCAAAGCACAGACUAUAUAUAUAUAUAUAACUUGGCUCAUUCCAUAACUCCAAUCCAAAGCACAAACAUAAAACAAUACAAACACACAAAACUCCAGAUAGAGACAAAGAUGGCUUCAAUUCCAACAGUCCUCGUGAAAACAAUGUUCCUCGUACUAAUCUUUGUCUCUUUUACAAUCUCUCCAGCAACUUCAACGGCACCUGAAGACUGCGCAAGCGAGUCAGCGAAUCCGUGCGUCAACAAAACUAAAGCUUUGCCUCUCAAAAUCAUAGCAAUUGCUGCAAUACUAGUAGCAAGCAUGAUUGGUGUUGGAGCUCCUCUCUUUAGCCGGAACGUGCCCUUCCUUCAACCUGAUGGGAACAUUUUCACUAUAGUUAAGUGUUUCGCCUCAGGGAUUAUCCUCGGAACCGGUUUUAUGCACGUUUUGCCUGAUUCUUUCGAGAUGUUAUCAUCACAAUGUCUUAAAGAGAACCCGUGGCACAAAUUUCCCUUCUCUGGGUUUCUCGCUAUGCUGUCCGGUCUAAUCACUUUAGUCAUUGAUUCAAUGGCCACGAGCAUCUAUACUAGAAAGAACGCAGUUGGGAUCAUACCCCAUGGGCAUGGUCACGGCCCUGGAAAUGAUGUUACUUUACCAACAAAAGAUGGAGAUUCUGCGGAUGCACAACUCUUGAGAUAUCGAGUCAUUGCUAUGGUCUUGGAACUUGGAAUCAUAGUUCACUCUGUGGUCAUUGGACUAUCUCUAGGAGCAACAAGCGACACUUGCACCAUUAAAGGACUCAUUGCAGCCCUUUGCUUCCAUCAAAUGUUCGAAGGCAUGGGUCUUGGUGGUUGCAUUCUCCAGGCUGAGUAUACGAACUUGAAUAAGUUUCUUAUGGCGUUCUUUUUUGCAAUAACAACGCCAUUCGGAAUAGCCUUAGGGAUAGCUCUUUCGACAAUUUACAGAGACAAUAGCCCUAGUGCGUUGAUCACUGUAGGAUUGCUCAAUGCAUGCUCCGCUGGAUUGCUCAUCUACAUGGCGCUUGUAGACCUUCUAGCGGCCGAGUUCAUGGGACCAAAGCUUCAAGGUAGCAUCAAAAUGCAGAUCAAGUGUUUCAUUGCGGCUCUUCUAGGGUGUGGUGGCAUGUCCAUCAUCGCCAAAUGGGCUUAACUAAUUGCCCGAAUAGUACUCCGGAACUGAAGUCAUGUGUGGAUUUUGUUGUCGAACGAUUACAAGAUACUUACGUGGUAUCUUAAUGUUUUUUCAUAUGCAUGUAACUGUGAUUGGAACCACGACCCCGAGUAUUUCCUUCUGUUUAGGGGAAGUAGUUCUUGUUGUAUAAUGUUUUCGCAUCUCAUUCAAAACAAAUAAAACUCUUUUUCAAGAAAAGCAAA